AUGGGCGACCCUUGGAAAGAAACCAUUCGUGACAUGGCGAAAUGGCUAAUGAAAGACCACCCCUUCAUGUUUGCGCAUAUACAAGGCCAACCAGCAAUCGCAAAAGCCAUCAAAGUUCCUCUUUUUCUACAAGAUUCUUUUUGCAGAUCGAAUUCAACCGCGGAAAUCAUCCAUAUCACAAACGCGACAAAGAAGGAUCAAGUUUUCAAGGAACGCGAGAAGCUCAAAGCCAACAUGCGUCUCACCACACAAACCGCGAAAAGCAUCAGAACCAUGGAUUACGUCGAAGCAACAGAUAUUUUAAAGACUGCUCGUCGGGAGAAUGACUGGUACCUUCCAGACCUUGGCAAGAACGCUUGUGUUGUUGUUGUCAUCAUCGAAGCAGACCCUGACUAUUCUGCCGAGUACGCCCUCGCACUGAUAGCAUGGACUACCAUGAUCAAAAGACACAGUUCAUCUAGUUGCCGCAUGCGCUUGAUGACAAUGUCAUGGGAAGGCGUCCACGAUAUGACAAAAGCUAUUUGGAACUAUUGGCCCGCAGCCAAGGAACCCUUUCGAGAAUACAUGCUGCCAUCUGUACCGCGAGGCGGGGGGAAACUCAUCUCAAACUCACAAAGCAAAAGUGAAGCAUCGGAAAUGAUGAACUGGGUGAAAAGAGUUGCCCCUGAUGGCAAACAUACUUGCAUCAGCUUCAGAAGACCGACGCGACUUGAUGACUCCUGGGAUCGGUGUUACCAACAUCGUCAUCAAGGCCUAGACUCCGCAAUAAAACCUCUACGAGCACUUCUAAUUAACCUUGACUUCAAAACUGCCGAAAGGAUCCCCGACGCAGGCAAGCCUCACCUCAUCACGAGCACCACCCGCCGCAGGCUGAUCUUUGACCUCGAGACACGACAGCCCAUCACCGUCACCACAAAAUGCUCAACUUCCGAGGAGAAGCAACAGAUGAGUUGGGUGAAUCGCUUCAGCGGAGAGAGCACAAAUAUAUAUACACAGCCAGGGUUCAGCUACGGGGCUAAGAACCCUCGACGCAUGAGAUUUGCGGAUGAUCAGAUUGGGGGUUUCUUGGCAGCUUUGAGCGAGUUGGAUAAAUGGCCUCUCGGCAUUUCCAACGUCAUGCCUCUUUUUGAUCCCAGGGGAGAAGAAUCUCAGAUCGCCAUCGAUAUUGGAGAACGACUCAUCCGGCAAGGUAUCCUUCAACUUGAUCCCACGUCAACCAUAGGGUUUUCACUGGCUCUCCCCAACGAAACACAACGGGCUUUCUACAAUAUUCUCCCCCUUGUUGAUUACGACCAUCGCCUCGCGCUCUUUCUGAGUAUCAAGUCCAAGAACGCCGUGAUCAACACAGCAAAAGCGCAAAUGGCUGCGAUAAUCUCGGGGAGUAACACGAACUGUUUUGAAUUUGUCUAUAAAACAGCCCCUGAGGUCCACGAAACCAGUGACGCAGCCCGGAUUGGUCUCUUCAAGCAUGUCGCGCAUGCUGGUACUGUCAUGAAGGGCCUUGGACUCAUGAAGACUGCGAUAAGCGCCUCACGCUUUUCUAUGCUCUUUCCAGAGAUUUACAUCGUUGAUAAGAAGGUUCGUGUUUACAUGGACGAAGUAAAGCACGUUAUGGAACGAUGCAGAGUGCUACUGCAAGUCCUCAAGACGUGCGGUUACAGUGUCUAUGAAGCAUUACCGUUUGAACAGGAAGAACCAGAGGCUAUCGAAUUCGAUGUAUUCAUGGAAGUCUGGGGCCAUCUCCUGAGAGCUUACACCUACCAAAUUGCUCUCAUCACAGUCAACAAGGACGGCGAAAUUUCUAUAAAGGACCUUGUGUCUCAAACUCCCAUGAAAGCAAGUUUCGAAGUACGGCAUAGUUUCGAAUGGGAGACCAUCCCGAAGGACGAGUGGGACUACGCCGUGGGCAUUUACACGAGAGCUGUUCGUGGGCCGGGGAUGACUACGAUUAAUGAUUGGAAUUGGAUCCCGCCCGAGGUUUGGGAGCGCUGGGGUUCGGGGUUGCCUGGGGGGGUUAAAGGGCUGAGAACCAAGUUUGAGUUGGCCAAGAAUCGCGAUGAGGUAGAUGAUAAAUGA